AUGGCCACAGAAAUUAAAGGAAAUGUUUCUGGAUUCAUCAUCCAAGGGUUCUCUGAUAUUUCCGAACUCCAGAUCUCUUUUUUUGUGCUAAUUCUUAUAAUCUAUCUCUUCAUUCUGCUGGGAAAUGUCAUCACAUUCUUAGCCAUUUCAUGGAAUCCUCACUUACACACCCCCAUGUACAUAUUCUUGCAGAUCCUUUCAAUAAUAGACAUUUCUUUCACCUCAACUAUUUUACCUAAUUUGCUAAAUAUUCUUUUCACCCAACAAAAUACCAUCUCAUUCUUGGGGUGUAUGACUCAAAUGUAUGUUUUCAUGAUCUUGGCUUCCAGUGAAUACUUUCUCCUGACGGCCAUGUCAUAUGAUCGUUAUGUUGCCAUCUGUGAUCCCCUUCAUUACAAUAUCCGAAUGAGCAGGAAACACUGUGCUUGGCUCAUAACUGCAGCAUUUAUUGUUGGUUUUCUUGACCCUGUCAGCAUAGUUAUCCCUAUAUCUAAACUGUCAUAUUGUGCUUCCCAUCUUAUUGACCAUUUUUUCUGUGAUGUCACACCAUUGCUAACACUUUCCUGCAGUAGCACUUUUAUUGUGGAACUUUUAAUGUACAUUGAAGGGACAUUGCUCACUUUCAAUUCCUUCCUCCUUACUCUGAUCUCAUACAUAUUUAUCAUCUCUGCUAUACUGAAAAUCCGAUCCUCAGAGGGGAGACAAAAAGCCUUUUCUACCUGUGCUUCUCACCUGACCUGUGUGAUAACCCUUUAUGUGACAAUUAUUUGCUUGUAUGUGAGACCAUCAAAAAGUUAUUCCCCGGAAAGGGACAAGUAUUUUUCACUGUUGUACAUUGUCCUGGGCCCUGUGCUAAAUCCUCUGAUUUAUACACUAAAAAAUAGAGAAUUUAAAUCUUCUUUUAUAAGAACAAUGCAAAAAAUUAAAUUUAUUUUAUAUCAAACGUUUACCCUCUAGUGAACUCUCGAGUUAUCCCAAAAAAGGACAAAGACUUAUCUCUACCCUCUUACAAUAGACCAAUUUCUU